GUAAAUUCCAUUCCCUGUUUCGUUCGAGGUGUUUUCAAAUUCGAAUACCUUUCGUUCGGACUGUUUUGUUUUCGAACAUCUUUCAUUCGAAUCAAACCAAACGUCAAACCCACUUUGUUUAUGAAGGAGUGAAUAAUUUCCGCAGCGGAUGAGCGGUGAACUGCAAAAAUGGAAAAAAACAAAAACAAAACAACCACUAAAAAUCAGUUCGAGCGGAUUGUGCUGCUUCUGGAGCAAGAGCCGGACAUAGCAAAGGGUUUCUCCCGAGGAAAUUCCGGACCCUACUGGGAUGAUCUGGCGGCAGAAGUCAAUAGUUUGGGACCGCCUAUUCGCGAUGGAAGUGGAUGGAAAAAGGUUUGGGCGGACUAUAAGUCCGGAUUAAAGCGAAAACUCGCUCACAACAAACGGGAGCAGAGGGCGACAGGUGGAGGACCCAAUAAAAUUAUCAAUUUGUCCGAGCUGGAGGAGCAGGCAGUUCUACUAACUGGGUUACUUGCGACCGUGGAAGGAAUCCCGGGUACCUCAUCUCAUGGAACACAGUUGGGUUCGCCUUCGGGUGAACCUCAAGCUGCAGACCAGGAAAAUUUUAUAUAUUAUGGUACUUCCGACGAGUGUGACGGUAUCAAUAAUACCAUUCACUUCCAGCCCUCUCAGCCGAAAAAAUCCAGACCUUCUACCACGAGGCUAUUAGAGCUGCAAGUCGAGCAACAAAACAAAUUUCACACCAAUGUGAAAUCCCUGUUAAAAAACACAAACAAGAAUUUGAGUGAUCUGGUUCAUUAUCAGCGCCAAUCAGCUCGAGCGAUUCUUUCCGUGGAUGCCACACUCAAAGAACAUCUGAGUGAACAAAAACGACAUAACCACGAGAUGGAGAAGAUCGCGCUGGAGAAAUCAAUAGCGACAAAUCCUUGAAACGCAGAUUGCGUAUAUUUCAGAACAUUAGAAUAAUGUUUCAAAAUAUCAGUGAUCUGAUUUUUUAUCUUUAUAUUGUAACUCAAGUAUAAAAAAAUGAAAAAAAGUUCUAAUCGUAUUUUUAUAUCUUUCCAUGGAAGAAAAAUCUUACUUAAUUUUUUCUUUGAAGUUUGUUUGGAAUAGCAUCAAAAUUAUAUAAACUUUUUUAAAAUUCACGAAUUUCGCCUAUAGUUUAUGGAACUUCCUUAACCCCUUCACGUACAACAUUGAACUUCACUCGUUGUUUCUCGAUGUGAAAUAAUUACAUAGCUUCAGGCAUAUGAUGAGGAUACCGACAACUGAAGAUUAUAAAAUUUCCGUUAUUUAAAAAAAAAUUGAAUGAGCUAAAAAUAUAAAAUAUAAUUUGAAUAUUAUAAUUAAAAUAAAAACGAACGAGUUAGUACGUAGUAAUAACUCCUUCGUUUUUAUUUUAAACACAACAUGUAUUUGCUCAUCAUAGGGCACCCAUGUUAGAUACCCACACUCAGCAGAGUAGCGGAACGACUCGAAGUGCUCGUUUUGGGCCGUGCUGUUGGAAAUUAAAUCGUACAGCAAGGGGUUAAAACAACGCAAAAAGUAUUAAUAAUGGUUAUUUGAAUACUUGGCCUGCUUACGAGAAAUCGAUAAUGACAUGUUCUCAAAGUGUUGGCAGGAAUAAGAGUAAAUAAUUCUGCCGAAACCAUAGUUAAGUAAGGAAGACACUUCCUUUUCCGGUGGUUGUUAUUUAUUUGAGCAUUUGCAAACAAGUUAGAUGAAAUUUAACAGUCAUAAAUAUUAAUUUAAACAAAAGUUUAUUAUGUAAACAGCUGCAUAACAUAUUAUAACUACUGAGAACGACCAAAUUCUAAGCAUAUAUUGUGAAGUGCACAGCAUACAUUUAUA